AUGGAGCACCCUGACAUUGCCAGCCAGGACUCUGAUGGCUCGGGCUCCUCGGAUGAGUUCCCCUCUCAAUAUCCUUUGAGGGAGAACUCAUCCUUCGUGGAAGUGUUUGAUCCGCAAGUCCAGACACCUGCCACCACCAUCGGCUCAUCCCCUCCAUCAGCCCAUUCUCCGAAUCUAACAUCCUCAUGGUCGAGUACACCGACAAUACGUCCACGUGGGGCUAGUAUUGGAGCAUCUGUCGCCCUCGAGAAGCCUGAUGGCCUAGCGAUGCCUGGAGAUCUGCGAGCGCAGCGUCCUUCCGCCCCCGCGAGAACCCCCUCCAACACCUAUGCUCCUCAGCGAAAACCUCCACAAUAUAUCAGUCUGCAACAGACUGAACGGACUCGUUCCUCAUCGGCAAAGCGAGGAACCCGACGCGACCCGAAUGCUCAAUAUCGCGCCCAAGAAAAGGCCUAUGUACAGCGGAUCCGCGCCAACCCGCAGGCCUGGUACCAUCACUUCGACGACGCACAAGCCUUCCCCUCAUCCGAGGUACCCUUUGAAGACGAUUCCUACGACCCCGAUACGCAAUUAUUUCUCCCCCACGAUAAUAUGCCCACAGCGGAAGAACUGCGCAACCCCAAAAACCAAGAGCGGCUCGAAUGGCAUUCUAUGUUGGCAUCGGUCUUGAAAGGAGAUGUGGUCAAGCAAGAGAAACAGCGGUUACUGGGAUCAACAGAAUCGAACCGAUCGGCGGCUUUGAGUCAGGCUAUUUGGAUCGGUGUCAAGGCGCGGACGUGUGGGCGGAGCGUCGCUCUCCAGCAAAAGCUUAUCGAAGAUAACCGCCGCAAGUUAGGACCGGUCAUUGAGGAUAUCAUCAACUUUCAAAUCAAAGGUGAAACUGAAAUCGGAAGAACACCGAGGCAGCAAGUAGAAGAUGUUGUGGAGAAAAUCGAGCGCUGCGAGGAGCUGUACUCCACCCGCAAAGAUAUGGAAGUUGCCAAUCCCCGCACAGCCUCCGAGGAAUUCUAUUCAAGCCACGAGGCGAUAUUUGCCUGGCACAACAUCACCGCUCUCAUCAAUACAGAACUAGCCGUGCUGCAAAAUUGGGUCGGCAACGAUGCCCUUGACUUCAGCCAGCCCAGACUCAAGUCAUACGGCAGCGAUAUGCCUGAUGACACCUCCUUCCUGGAUCGUAUCAUGAAGGAAGACGGUCUGAAGACACUUCAAGGCGAUCAUAGCAUGCUCCAAGGCAUUGGCGAGGUCAUCCAGAAAGCCAAGAACACCCUGAUCGAGAAUUCACAGGCUUUUGCGGCACGCCAUCUUCCGCCUUACAUCGAAGAACUUCUCACUUUAAUCAACUUUCCUUCACGCUUGAUUCAAGAAAUUAUUCGUGUUCGCCUGUCCUACGCGAAGACUAUGAAAGACCCAGCUCAGCAAUCACCGAUCUUGGUGGAUCAAAUGAUUUCGCAAUUCCAGAUUUUGAUGAGAGUCGCCGUUGAGAUUAAGCAACGCUAUCUCGCCAUCUCAAUGCCUCAAUCUGGUUGGGACCUCCCACCUUGCGUCGACGAAAAUUUUGACACGGUAGUUCUCGAUGCUAUGAAGUACUAUUUCCGUCUGCUGAAUUGGAAACUCAAUGCCAAUAAGAACACUUUCAAAGAAGCCGAAAUUCUGGAGCAGGAGUGGGAGUACUCUUAUGAUCUUGGUCGACAGCUUGAAAAAGGUGACAUUGAGGUGGCCGAGCAGUUCAGUGCUUUGACCGCCAAGUCGCUCCAACGACUUAUGAUACACUUUGAGCGAGAGCUUGUGCCACGACAUAAUGAAAAUGUUAUAGACAUGGACAAGCGCUACAAAAGUAUCUUGGAUUCCACGCGUAUCCGUCAACGAAAGCUUUACCGGUUCUCCAGAUUUUUGUGCCAGCUGUUCGAAAAUGCCACUGAGUACAACAUUACGGCUGAUAUCGCCUACGAGUUCUUUGAGGCAUUGCUUAUUUCCGAUCACUUUCUCGUCACCUCACCCAACUCUGUUGGUCAAAAGGGUGUCUACUUGAUUGCACAUCAUUCAUUAUGGAAUCGUCCGGCUGAAAUCCAGGGCAUUCUCGCUACAUCCUUCCGAGAAGAUGAUGUUAAAAACACCACUGCGAUACCAUAUAUAUUGGUCAUUCGCCCAGAGAAACCACUGGGCUGGGCAGGAAAAGAGAUGCAGAUUGACAUUCUGGAGCAACCCACUGAUGUCCGUCUCGGUAAGCUUCGACUGGUUGUCGAGGGCUUGCAGGAGCGACUGCAGAAUGCCAGAAUGGAGUUGACGCACCUUACCGGUAUACAAUUGGACAUGGCGAUUGAGCAGCGCGCAAACCUUGGGCGUGUCAAUGUGGAAUUAAACAAGAUCAAGAAGAUCUCUUUCAAGCUCUCUAUGGCAAUCAUGGACAGUGUGGCUGUGAUCAAAAACCAAUUGCGAGAGAAGACAUGGGAGAACAACGACCUGGUUCAGGCUUGUUAUGCUUUCGCAACCGAGUUCGGAAAGCGAUCUUCCAGCUACGUGGACGCUAACAGGCGCGCUAUGAACAGUGCUAGGCUGGUGGAACUAUCUCUCGAUUGGGUCUCAUUCAUCUGUGAUGAUUGUGAUGCUGCCGACAGGAAAACGUUUAAAUGGGCUGUUGCUGCACUUGAAUACGCAAUGGCCAUCACAUCUAGCCGUCAUCUUCUCUCUUUGGACGAAGAACAGUUUGCUCGUCUCCGACUGAAGGUGGCAGGUUGUAUGUCUCUUCUUAUAUCUCAUUUCGAUAUCAUGGGUGCUCGAUCCUCUCUCGCGGCCCAGGCAGAAAAACAGCGGAUGGAGGAGCGGACUGGUGCCAGAAUGGGCAGCGCUAGCCGUAUUCUGAGCGAUCAAGAAGCAUCCAAGCUGGUCCGUGAACAAUGGGCUACUCGCUUGAGCGAGAUUGAAGAGCGCAGAGUCGAGGAAUCUGCUAAGCGCCGGGCCUUGGGAAGAGUCCUGGAAGGAUCUAACGAGGCGGACCGAUCUCUUACCGUGCUGUCAUCGUCUGCCACCAACGUCACCCUGCGUUGGCAACAAGGCCAGUUUAUCGGUGGCGGUACCUUUGGGUCUGUCUACGUUGCUAUCAAUCUGGACAGCAAUUAUUUGAUGGCAGUCAAGGAGAUCCGCUUGCAGGAUCCUCAGCUGAUCCCUAAGAUCGCGCAACAAAUUCGCGAUGAGAUGGGUGUGCUUGAAGUGCUGGAUCACCCGAACAUCGUGUCUUACCACGGCAUCGAAGUUCAUCGUGACAAGGUUUACAUCUUCAUGGAGUAUUGCUCGGGCGGUUCGCUUGCCAGCUUGCUGGAGCAUGGUCGGGUUGAGGAUGAAACCGUGAUCAUGGUAUAUGCCCUUCAACUCUUGGAGGGUCUGGCCUAUCUACAUCAGGCAGGAAUUGUUCAUCGGGACAUCAAACCCGAGAACAUCUUACUGGACCACAAUGGUAUUAUCAAAUACGUAGAUUUUGGUGCUGCAAAGAUUAUUGCUCGAUCAGGCCGCACAGUGGCUCCCGCAGACGGGCCAAACGGUAACAAGGAGCCUCUCAUUGGGAAGGAUCCACAGAUUACGAACCAACGCAAGAACCAAAAGACAACCACCGGUACCCCGAUGUACAUGUCGCCGGAGGUGAUCCGUGGCGACUCGGCUAACCGCCAAAGUGCCGUGGACAUCUGGUCCUUGGGUUGUGUGAUCCUUGAAAUGGCCACCGGCCGCCGACCAUGGUCUACUCUCGACAAUGAGUGGGCAAUUAUGUACAACAUUGCCCAAGGCAACCAGCCUGACCUCCCAGGUCCUGAUCAGCUGAGCGAGAUGGGCCUUGAUUUCCUUCAACGCUGCUUCGAAUGCGAUCCUCUUCGCCGAAUCACUGCUGCUGAACUACUUCAGCAUGAAUGGAUAGUCUCGAUCCGUCAACAGGUGGUGCUUGAGCCGUCUACCCCUAGCAGUGAGGCUGGAGGUAGCUACACCAGCUCCAGCUCCAACAGUCGGCAGAACUCGUCAUACGGGUACUCAUGA